UCAUCAAUAACAAUUGAUAGUAAACAACAUACGACCAAAAACAAAUGUUUUCAUCUCAGCAUCCUUUGCUCAGGUUUCGAACAUGGUGCAUUAUUGUUUUGGCAUCAAUUUUAUCAUCGGCAGCAGCCGAGGUGGUAAACCCGAUGCCCAGCUGCCAACGGAGCUGUGGGAAUGUCACAAUCGAUUACCCUUUCGGUAUUGGAGAAGGAUGUUUCAUGCACGGCUUCGAAAUAACCUGUAAUGCUUCCUACAGUCCACCUAAACCAUUCCUACACUCGGGAGCUACGCAGCACGAGGUUGUCCACAUAUCCGUAGCUCACAACCAGGCUCGUGUAAGGAGCCCUAGGAUCGAUGCCAGAGGUUACCAUCCAAAUGGAACUGCAGUUUUGAGUGAAGCCAGCAUCAACUUGACCGGUACACCAUUCGUUCUCAACAACACUGCAAACAAGUUCACCGUCACAGGCUGUAACUCCGUUGGUCUAUUAUCCCUUCGAGAUGGAAACAUCAUUACAGGCUGCUUGUCUCUCUGCGACGACAACCUCGUGGGAGUUAUGGACGGGUCUUGCUCUGGGUUUGGCUGCUGUCAAAGCUCCAUUAAUGUCGGUGUUAAAACAAUUGAGAUGGUUAUCCAGAACUUCGUUCCAGAUUCUUUGAGAAGGGAUCUGUACAACACAUCACGUAUCUCCGAACCUCUUAAUAAUUGCGGAUACGGUUUCAUUGUGGACCAAGAGAGCUACAGGUUCAAGGCAUCGGAUCUCAAUCGUAAUUGUUCAUCGUCGAAUAUCGAGAAUUCCUUCUUGGUUCUUGAUUGGGUUAUUGCUGACGAGACUUGUGAAGCAGCUAACAAAAGUUUGGAUACUUAUGCCUGCAAGGGGAUAAACAGCGACUGCCGGGACUAUACAUUCUAUGGUGGUCGGAGUUAUCGUUGCAAUUGCAAACAGGGUUAUGAAGGGAACCCUUAUAACAGCUCAGGAUGCGAUGACAUCGAUGAGUGUAAGGGUCCACACAAUCCUUGUGAAGGCGAAGGGACUUGCAUUAACUUAGAUGGUGGAUAUAAAUGCAAGGUUUCAAAGUUUCCAACAUUGCAGCUUGUUCUCGGUAUAGGCUGUCCCUUGUUCUUGCUUCUCCUAACCCCUUCUUUAUACAUUUGCAUGAAGAGAAGAAAGUUGAUCAAACUCAAACAAAAAUUCUUCCAACAAAAUGGAGGUUUAUUGUUGCAGCAGCGAAUUGCUUUCCAUGAAAGUUCUGGUGAGCCCACAAAAAUCUUUACAACACAAGAGUUAGCUAUGGCCACUGAAAACUACGCAGAGAGUCGAGUGAUUGGUCAAGGAGGCAAUGGAACAGUUUACAGAGGAAUCCUAUGCGACGGUAGAGUGGUGGCAGUGAAGAAGUCAAAAAUGGUUGACAAGAACCAUAUCGAGGAGUUCAUCAAUGAGGUUGUUGUUCUCACUCAAAUCAAUCAUCGAAACGUCGUGAAGCUCUUGGGGUGUUGUUUGGAAACCGAGGUUCCCCUGUUGGUUUAUGAAUAUGUUCCUAAUGGGAGCCUCCACUACCAUAUUCACAAUCCUGAUGGGGCAUGCUCGUUCUCAUGGGAAGAUCGGUUACGGAUAGCCGCCGAAACCGCGAACGCUCUCGCUUAUCUCCACUCUGCAGCUGUAAUUCCCAUCAUUCACAGAGAUGUCAAGUCUUCCAACAUAUUAUUGGACGAAAGGUACACCGCAAAAGUCUCGGAUUUCGGAGCUUCGAGGCUAAUUCCCGCUGAUCAGACUGAAAUAACGACUCUAGUUAAAGGAACACUCGGGUACUUGGACCCAGAGUACUUCCAAACAAGUCAACUAACAGGGAAAAGCGAUGUUUACAGCUUCGGAGUGGUGUUAAUGGAACUACUAACAGGACAGUUGCCGGUGUCAUUUGCAAGGCCUGAUGCCAAAAGGAACUUAUCUUCUUACUUCAUUGUUGCAAUGCAACAGGAUCCUCUCUUCCAAAUUCUCGAGCCUGGACUCGCAAAUGAGGGGAACAUGGAACAACUUAAUGCUGUUGCGAAUCUUGCAAUGAGAUGUGUUCAAUUGAAGGGCGAAAAACGGCCUACAAUGAGAGAAGUGGUGUUGGAGCUUGAAGGGUCAAGAGGGAUUUCCAAACAUCCUUGGGAUCAUGCCAACCAUGAGGAGACUACCUGCUUGCUCGAUAAACAAUUGGAGUUACACGUAGCUGAGAGUUCUUCAACAGUGGAACUUUGUAGCAACAUGUCAGAUAUGCCAUUUAGCACUCACAGUUCAGAGCCGUUUCCAAUGAACUUCCCUCGGUGAUCAUUCGCAUAGCAG